GCAUUUCUAAAAACCAAAGCAUCCGCUUUUUAUGUUAUUCACCGUGCGCGCGUCUGGAUCAGCUAAUGUACAGUAUGGUCACGUGACGGAUAACAAGCUAAGCCGUCAAUCGCAUAGGAAGAGCCGCGAGACCAUAAGAGAAUUGCUCCAGCUGCAACAAAUACGAAAUUAUAAUCAGUAUCUCUCGUGUAGUUGGUCGAGAUGGAUGUGUCUGGCCAUAGUUUGUUUCUCCUGCAACAACUGAAUGUCCAAAGGGAGUUUGGCUUUCUGUGUGACUGCACUGUUGCCAUUGGCAAUGUAUAUUUCAAGGCCCAUCGUGCCGUCCUUGCUGCCUUCUCAAACUACUUUAAAAUGAUCUUCAUCCAUCAGUCCAGUGAGUGUAUAAAGAUCCAGCCCACAGAUAUUCAACCAGAUGUCUUUAGCUACCUGCUACACAUAAUGUAUACAGGCAUGGGUCCCAAACAACCUGUAGACCAGGUCAGACUUCAAGAAGGCAUCAAGUUUCUCCAUGCAUACCAGCUCUGCCAUAAAACAGGUGAAGGUGGUUCAGAUGCUUUCUCUGACCCUGUUCGUAUGUCCAACCUCUAUGGUAUCCAGAUCUCUUCUCAGCUGACCGGUAAAGAGACCUCAGGCUUGAAGGCGGCUGGUUCACGGGACCCAGAGGACAGACGCUCUAGUACAAGGGCAGAUCGUACACAUGGCCGACUGUCUCUUGCUUUAGGGCUAGAGGGCAUCACAAAUGAGAGGCACCCUCAAAGCUUUCACGCCGCAUCUUCGGUGGUGUCAGGGGACGACUCUGAUAUCUCAGCACGAAUCAAGCAGGAAAGAGUAGAGGAGGAAGAAGAACAACAACAACAACAGGAAGGCGAGAAGGACCCUCGCUCUCUCUCCCCAAACCAGGUGAGCCCCUGCCAGGCAGGCCUGUUCAAAGAUGGCCCACUUGCACUUCUGUGCCCACGUUGUGGCGAACGCUGUCUGUCACCUGAAGGCUUACAAGAGCACCUUUUUACGCACGCAGCCUGUGCCCUCGAGCCUAGAGGCUUGAUGGAGGGCCCCUCAGAGGACAAAACCGAAGAGCAUGCAUCCCUGGAAGAAAGACGGCCCCAUAAAGAGCACAUAGACACGGGUAGCCUAGAAGAGGCCUUACGACAGAGCCAGGCUCUUGCAGAUGAAUUGGCCAUGGAACUCAGACGAGGUGCCGGAACCGGACGGAGUGGCAGUCCGUUGGCGGUCUUCACCCGAAAACGAAAGAUGGCCUGCGCAGUCUGCAACCUUCGCUUCUCACAAAAGAGCCAGCUGCAGGAGCAUAUGUUUGCCCAUGUGGGCAAGCCACUGAGAUACCACCGCUACAGCCGCUUCUGCGGGCAGCUGCUCCAUGGUUGCGAGGCCCAGCCGGAUAUCACCGCAGCCACAGGAGAGGAAACGGCCAAGGACACUCAGGAUAACGGCAGUUCCUGCUACUCACUGGACUCCGAGGUCUCUCAGGAGAGCGUUGACGCAGUGACUGUGGAAUGAAAUCUGGGAAUGUAGUCUCAAAUAGACCCAUACAAACACAUCAAUUGCUGAUUUGAUUUCUGCCUCAGCACCAAUACGCUUGUGUCCUGUCUCAAACGUCCUUGUCAGUAUGUUAUACAAAGUUUUGUUGUGUUGAUGAUUGUUGUGUUGAUAUGUGUUGCUGACGUUUGGAUGACUGAGAAGACAUUUCAAUACUAUAUUUAAACAAGUAUUAAAUUAAAAAGCAUGUGCACAUGAAUCUCAAAUAGCUAAAUGAUUUUAAAGGCCACCCUAAGCUAAUAAUUUGUAACUAUUUCUGGUUUUCUUCAGCUGUGGCCUAAUGAUUAAAAUGCACUGAGCUGAGAGUGUAAAUGAUCCCUGCCCUAAAUCAAAACUGGUUCAGUGCCUUAGAGUAUUUUUGCCAAACAUCUUUGAAAUGUAAAGCACUUAAACUAUCACUCAGCCAGUUGAACCAAACCCUGGAAGUUGUUUUUAUUGUUAUAAUGUUUUAAUUAACAUACCGUACAUUCGAACAGUGCCUAUUUGUCAGUGCAAAGUUAUCCAAGACGUCUACACAAUCAAAGUAAUUUGUCAAAAGAAUGUGUGCAACAGGUGCUUUUCUUAAAGCAUUUUUUAUAUGUCAAAAGACUUUCAAGGUUAUACUGUGCAUUGGAAUACAGCUUUAUUAGGAACCUUACUACAUAAACUUGCAACAUUAAAAACAGCAGUGGCACAUACUGUAGAUUGAGUCAUAUUUCGAAGACAUACAUUAUUCAAAGAUUAUUUUGCUGAAGCAUCUAAAACAUGCAGAGGCAUAACAAAUGUGUCAAACACAUUUUUUUAGAAUGAUUUAUUAACUUUCAUGACAUCACUGACGGUAGACAUGGUUUCCUUUGUGCUGUAUUUAAACUGUCUAAGCGCCAGUCUUUGCAGUUAUAUUUAUUCAGUACCCAAACCAAGGCUGGUGUACUGUGGUGAGUAUUAUAAAACAGUGAAACUUGCAUUUGUGUUAUUUGUGUGUGACUUGUAAGGUGCAUUUUUAAGAAGCCCCUAUUCACCAUCAGCACUUAGUGCCAUUGUGUGAUAAUGUGUUCUGGUUAUUUUUUUAAUAAAUAGCACACUAAAUAAACUGAUUUAUAUACUUCAGUCACUGGUUCCAAUACUUUACCUGUUUGUCUUGUAAUUGCAACUUAUUACCACUAGAGAGCAGCAUAUAUUCACAAGCAAACAUCUUGCACAAUUGUCACCAAUUCUGUCUCUGAAAACAUUAUGGGGUGGUUUCCCGGACAGGAAUUAGCUUAAACCAGCAGGCCUUAGUUAAAUUAUGAAAUAUAACUAGUUUUAACAAACAUGCCUUACUAAAAACCUUACUUGUGUGCAUUUUGAGGCAAAACAAAGGGUACUGAUGCAUGUUUUAAAAGAAAUGUCAGUGCAAGUUGUUUUGAGUUUGGA